AUGUCAGAAAAAAAUAGAACAGAGUUGAGGUAUUCAGAUUACUGGGCUCGGGAUUCUCUCACCUGGAGCGUAAAUGAUUGGGAUGUUUAUUUCAUCAGAAAGCAUCCAUAUUUUGCAACCCCACAUAAAUCUCACUUGGCCUUAUCUGAAGAAAUAAGAUCUAUAAAGCGAAUAUAUGCAGAUAUAGAACAUCCUGCUAAUAAGGCGUCCCAAAGAUUACUGAACGAAUUGAAGGAAAACGAGAAAAACAAAAAAAUUUGGGAAAGAUGCGACAAAUAUGUGUCCUUAGACAUUGAAUCUCAAUUGGUUGACAUUGAGUUAUCUCUUGAUAAGAAAAAGGGCAUUCGAGAUGGUCUAAAUAUAGCACGCAAAGGAUUUAAAAUAUACUCUGAGAUGGAUUUUGAGUCUGUAGAAAGAGAGCGGAAAAGACUUAAAGCACAUGCUGGAAAUGUACUUGCAGAUAGCACGGUGCUACACAGACCAUCCCCGAAUUUCAUUAUAUCGGGUGAUAAUGAUAAAGAAAAAAUAUCUUUAGACGAUAAUAUUCCAGAAAAUUGCGUUCUGGUAGAAUAG